CUUAAGAUGCCCUACACAGUUUAGAGAACAAGUUCAGUUCUCUGAUGUCCACAAACUCUGAUUGAUUAAGCACUGCUUCUCCUGUGUUUGGCGGUUCUGGGAGCCACAGAAACAAUGCUGCCAAAAUUUCACAAGUGGUUGCCUCUUCUAUUUUUUUUCUUUUCAACUUGUACUGCAAUUUUUGCCACACGUGAAAACUGCUGUAUCUUGGAUGAACGAUUCGGAAACUUUUGUCCUACAACAUGUGGCAUUGCAGAUUUCACAACCAGAUAUCAUUCAGAUGUUGAUCGAGAUCUUCAGAUCCUUGAACAAUUGUUGCAGGACAUUUCUAAUUCUUCAGGUGUCACUGACAAUUUGAUACGCCAGAUCCGACAAGUGCAUGUCCAGCCAACAGCUCAAUCAAGUGUGGUUCCAGGUUAUACACAGAAGUCCAGACAAAUCAUUGAUGAAAUUAUCAGAUAUGAAAACAUCAUUGUCGGCCAUGAAAAUACUAUACAGCAAUUGACAGACAUGCUGAUAUUAAACAAUAACAAGAUUCAGUUAUUAAAGCAGAAAACUGCUCAGCUCGAGGCACAAUGUCAACAGCCAUGUAGAGACACUGUCCAGAUACAAGAAUUAACUGGAAGAGAUUGUCAAGACAUUGCUAAUAAAGGUGCCCGGCAGAGUGGACUGUACUUCAUAAAGCCCCUGAAAGCUAAGCAACAGUUCCUAGUGUACUGUGAAAUCGACAAUCUGGGCAAUGGGUGGACAGUUUUACAGAGGAGGCUUGAUGGCAGCGAAGACUUUCACAAAAACUGGAUUCAGUAUAAGGAAGGAUUUGGACAUCUGUCACCUAAUGACAAUACAGAAUUCUGGUUGGGAAAUGAAAAGAUUCAUUUAAUAACUACACAGACUACAGUCCCCUAUGCCUUGAGAAUAGAGCUGGAGGACUGGAGUAACCAAAAAAGCUAUGCCGAUUAUGCCCAUUUCAAAUUGGGAAAUGAAGCUGACAAAUACCGUUUGAUCUAUGCCUACUUUGCUGGGGGUGAAGCUGGGGAUGCCUUUGAUGGGUUUGAUUUUGGAGAGGAUCCCAGCGACAAGUUUUUUACUUCUCACAACGGCAUACAGUUUAGCACGCCUGACAGCGAUAAUGAUAAAUAUGACGGCAACUGUGCUGAACAAGAUGGAUCUGGAUGGUGGAUGAACAAGUGUCAUGCCGCCCAUCUGAAUGGCAAAUAUUAUUCAGGAGGCACUUAUACCGAGAAAGAUGCAGGUCCAAGUGGCUAUGACAAUGGCAUUAUCUGGGCAACUUGGCGUGAUCGGUGGUAUUCCUUAAAGAAAACAGUUAUGAAAGUCAUUCCUUUCACCAGACUCGCAAUUGUAACAGGGCAACAAAGUGGAGGAGUGAAAGAUGUUGAUUUUGGGAGCCGUGGAGACAUUUAGAAAGACAACUGCCUUUGUAAAGGCAACGAUGAACACCAAUACUAUCGAAUUUUGAGCAUAUUGUUUACAAUAAAACGACACAUUCAUGACAAGAAGUGGUUUUUUUUAAGAAAAAAAAUCAUCUUAAUUUUUCUAAUAAACUUACAUGAUUACUGAUCAUAUACCGUAAGUUCUGGCGGUGUCUAUUACUUAAAUUGACUUUAAAAGCAGGUGCUAUAGAUUAUUGUGAUUGGUUUAAAAAUUAGUCAUAUUUAUAGAGGACAUCAGUUUAAAUCAAUAGCCUUUAUGUAUGUCAUGACUAAUUGAAAUCUCACUGAUAUCAUUGUUUGGUUCCCACAAUGAGCUAAGCUUACCACACCAUAUUUAGGCAUGUUCAACAGCAAUUGGAUGUUUGUUGGCUGGUAGGUUAUAAAUCAUUGGUUAACAAACUAGAACAGCUAAGUGCACAGGAGCCAAAG